GUCCUAAAAUACGGGAGGUGCCUCGAGGACGUGCUUAACCUCCAAAGAUCAAUCAGAUCUCCCGUAUCGUCCAGGAUGUCAGCUCCUCAGUCCAUCAGCAAUAUCGCAAACCAGAUCAAGUCUAUGGCUUUGUCCACCUCACCACCGGUCCAGUCCUCCUUCCACGCCGGCUCCCCGCCGAGCGCUGCCUCUUUCCCGCGGGAUCGCCGUUCCUCCUUCAAGGGUCCUCAACCCAAGCAGUUGAAGCCCUUUUCUCACGAGGAAGUCAAGAUCCUCUUGCUCGAGAACGUCAACGCUACCGCUAUCGACAUGUUGACCAAGCAGGGUUACCAGGUCGAGUUCCACAAGACCUCCUUGGGUGAGGAUGAGUUGAUCGAGAAGAUCAAGGACGUCCACGCCAUCGGUAUCCGUUCCAAGACCAAGAUUACCAAGCGUGUCCUUGAGGCCGCUAAGAACUUGACCGUCAUCGGAUGUUUCUGUAUCGGAACCAACCAGGUCGACCUGGAGGCCGCUGCUAACCGUGGUGUCGCCGUCUUCAACUCUCCUUUCUCUAACUCUAGGUCCGUUGCCGAGUUGGUCAUCUCAGAAAUCAUCGCUUUGGCACGUCAGAUGUGUGACAGAAGCAACGAGAUGCACAAGGGUGUGUGGAACAAGGUAUCUGCUGGAUGCUGGGAGGUGCGUGGAAAGACUCUCGGUAUUGUCGGUUACGGACACAUCGGUUCUCAGCUCUCCGUCUUAGCCGAGGCUAUGGGUUUGAGGGUCAUCUACUACGAUGUCGUUCCCCUCAUGGCUAUCGGUAACGCCAACCAGAUCGCCAGCUUGCACGAGUUGUUGGGUGCUUCUGAUUUCGUUUCUCUUCACGUUCCUGAGUUGCCUGAGACCAAGAACCUUAUCUCUGCGCCUGAGCUUGCUGCUAUGAAGCAGGGCUCUUACCUCCUCAACAACGCACGAGGAACCGUCGUCGACAUCCCCGCCCUUAUCUCCGCCAUGAAGUCCGGAAAGCUCGCCGGUGCCGCCAUCGACGUCUUCCCCAAUGAGCCCGCUAAGAACGGAGAGUUCUUCACCAGCGACCUCAACGAAUGGGCCGCCGAGCUGUGUGCUCUUCCUAACUUGAUCCUUACUCCUCACAUCGGUGGAUCCACCGAGGAGGCACAAUCCAUGAUCGGUGUCGAGGUCGCCGAGGCCUUGACCAAGUACAUCAACGAGGGUUCCACCAUCGGUGCCGUCAACUUCCCCGAAGUCGCUCUCCGCUCCAUUUCCUCCCACGACGCCCACUCCGUCCGUGUCUGUUUCGUGCACAGGAAUAUCCCUGGUGUGUUGCGUACCGUUAACGACAUCUUGGGAUCGUAUAACGUCGAGAAGCAGUUCUCGGACUCUAGGGGUGACAUUGCGUAUCUGAUUGCUGAUGUGGCGGAUGUUGGAACUGAUGCUGUUAAGACCUUGAAUGACAGACUUGAGGGUUUGGAGUACAACAUCAGGACGAGUUUGUUGUACUAAAGUGGAUGUGUGCAUGGGGGGGAGUUUCUGAUUGGGUAGAGGAGACUUGGGAAAGCUUGGAAGAGCGAAAAAUGGUUUGAUUUACAUUUGGAUGAGUACGAUAGACAUAAUGUGGUAGACGGGUGUGUUCAACACGGGGUUUUGUAUGUUGCAUGGUGAAUAAAAGAUUCAACCCUUACUCUACUUUUUCCUAGCUUCUCUGAACUUGCGUUUAAAACCACUCUGAAGUUAGAAUCCGC